CUCCCCUCCGGGGCGUGUGGGACUCGGUCCGUCGGCCCAGGGCAAAGCGCAGCGCGGGUCGGCGCCGUCCGGGGCGAGCGAGCGGAGUUGCCGGAGGAAGGACCCAGAGCUGCGGCGGGGCAGCGACCGCGUGGUGGCGGCUGAGCGGUCGGCAGGCCUGCAGCUGGCGGAGGCGGUCUCGGGGGCGUGUGGCUCUGAGGGGCCGGGAGGGCGCGGGCGGGGCCGGCGCGCGGAGCAGCGGCCUCAGCCGGGCGGCGGUGUGGGAGCCCGGCCCGUGGCGGCCGACUCUCCCGGGAGAUGCUGUGACGACGCGCGCGGGAGGAGCUCGCGCCCGGCCUGGCGACCCGGCGACUCGGCCCGCGGCGGCGCGGUCACCGCCCUUCCCAGUGGAAGUAUGCAAAACCUAAGAGCUCAAGUGACUAGUGGUCUCCUACCGUUUCCAGAAGUGACUGUUCAAGCGCUUGGCGAAGACGAAAUAACAUUAGAAUCUGUGCUUCGUGGCAAGUUUGCUGCAGGGAAAAAUGGACUUGCUUGCUUGGCUUGUGGGCCACAACUGGAGGUAGUAAACUCUAUGACAGGAGAGCGGUUGUCUGCCUACAGAUUCAGCGGAGUCGGUGAACAGCCUCCUGUAGUCUUAGCUGUGAAAGAAUUCUCUUGGCAGAAGAGAACUGGAUUUUUAAUAGGACUGGAAGAAACAGAAGGGAGUGUUCUCUGUCUUUAUGACCUUGGAAUAUCAAAAGUAGUUAAAGCAGUUGUUCUUCCUGGAAGGGUAACAGCUAUCGAACCUAUAAUUAAUCAUGGAGGAGCCAGUGCAAGUACUCAGCAUUUACAUCCAAGUCUGCGAUGGCUUUUUGGAGUGGCAGCUGUGGUAACUGACGUUGGACAGAUCCUUCUUAUUGACCUAUGUUUGGAUGACUUGUCAUACAAUCAAAAUGAAGUCGAUGCAUCAGAUCUUGAAGUUCUAAGUGGUGUCCCAGCUGAAGUACCGCACAUUAGAGACAGUGUGAUGAGAGAAGGGCGCCAUCUGUGUUUCCAGUUAGUAAGUCCGACAGGAACAGCCAUUUCAACUCUUAGCUACAUCAGCAGGACCAACCAGCUUGCUGUAGGUUUCUCUGAUGGCUAUCUAGCACUCUGGAACAUGAAAAGCAUGAAAAGAGAAUAUUACAUACAGUUGGAAAGUGGAAGAGUUCCUGUAUAUGCUGUCACUUUUCAGGAACCCGAGAAUGAUCCUCGUAAUUGCUGUUAUUUGUGGGCUGUUCAGUCUACACAAGAUAGUGAAGGGGAUAUUUUGAGUUUGCAUCUGCUGCAACUGGCCUUUGGUGAUAGAAAGUGUUUGGCAUCAGGACAAAUCUUAUAUGAGGGCUUAGAGUACUGUGAAGAAAGAUACACUCUGGACCUGACAGGUGGCAUGUUUCCUUUGAGGGGACAGACGAGUAAUACCAAAUUGUUGGGAUGCCAGAGUAUAGAGAAGUUUCGAUCUCACGGUGACAGGGAGGAAGGCAUGAAUGAAGCUCUGUCUCCUGACACUAGUGUUUCAGUCUUUACCUGGCAGGUGAAUAUAUAUGGACAGGGAAGGCCUUCUAUAUAUUUGGGGCUUUUCGAUAUAAAUCGUUGGUAUCAUGCACAAAUGCCAGAUUCGUUAAGGUCAGGAGAACAUCUACAUAAUUGCUCUUAUUUUGCACUGUGGUCAUUGGAGUCUGUUGUAAGUCGAACUUCUCCACAUGACAUCUUGGAUAUAUUAGUACAUGAGAGAAGUUUAAAUCGAGGAUUCCCUCCUUCAUAUCCACCUCCUGAGCAGUUUUUUAAUCCAAGUACUUAUAAUUUUGAAGCCACUUGUUUGUUAAACUCAGGAGUUCUUCAUGUAACUUGUACUGGCUUUCAGAAGGAGACUUUGACUUUUUUAAAGAAAUCAGGAGCAUCUCUCAAUGAAGUCAUUCCUGAUGGUUAUAAUCGAUGUCUUGUAGCUGGUCUUCUUUCCCCAAGAUUUGUUGAUAUUCAGCCUUCCAGUUUAAGCCAAGAAGAACAGUUAGAAGCUAUAUUGUCGGCAGCAAUUCAGACUAGUUCCCUGGGACUUUUGACUGGUUAUAUCAGAAGAUGGAUAACAGAAGAACAACCAAACUCUGCUGCUAAUUUGCGCUUUGUUCUUGAAUGGACGUGGAAUAAAGUGGUUCUCACAAAAGAGGAGUUUGACAGACUAUGUGUGCCAUUAUUUGAUGGUUCGCGUCAUUUCAUGGAUCCACAGACUAUACAGUCUAUCCAGCAAUGUUAUGUGCUUCUUAGCAAUCUUAAUAUAGUCUUGAACUGUUUUGCAUCAGAAGCCCGAGAGAUCACUGAGAGAGGACUGAUAGACUUAAGCAAUAAGUUUGUGGUUUCCCACCUCAUCUGUCAGUAUGCACAAGUGCUGCUUUGGUUCUCUCAUUCUGGGCUUUUACCAGAAGGCAUAGAUGAUGCUGUGCAGUUGUCAAGGUUAUGCUACAACUAUCCCGUCAUUCAGAACUACUACACCAGUCGGCGACAGAAGUUUGAGCGUUUAUCAAGAGGGAAGUGGAACCCUGAUUGCUUGAUGAUCGAUGGACUGGUUUCUCAGUUAGGAGAGCGAAUUGAGAAGUUGUGGAAACGAGAUGGAGGAGGCACAGGAAGAUACCCUCCUCCUAGUCUACAUGCACUACUUGAUAUGUACCUGUUAGACGGCAUUACUGAAGCAGCCAAACAUUCUAUUACCAUUUAUUUUCUACUUGAUAUUAUGUAUUCCUUUCCCAACAAAACGGAUACUUCAAUUGAAUCUUUCCCAACUGUAUUUGCCAUUUCUUGGGGCCAAGUUAAACUUAUUCAGGGGUUUUGGUUAAUAGAUCAUAAUGACUAUGAGAGUGGCUUGGAUCUUUUGUUUCAUCCAGCUACUGCGAAACCUUUGUCAUGGCAACACUCAAAGAUUAUUCAGGCAUUCAUGAGUCAGGGCGAGCACAGACGAGCCCUCAGGUACAUUCAGACAAUGAAGCCAGCGGUGUGCAGUGGUAGUGAUGUUACCCUUCACCUUACUGUUUUGCUUUUUAAUAGGUGCAUGGUUGAGGCGUGGAGUUUUCUGCGGCAACAUUGUAAUAGGCUGAAUAUAGAGGAGUUACUAAAGCACAUGUAUGAAGUCUGUCAGGAAAUGGGCUUAAUGGAAGAUUUACUGAAGUUACCAUUUACAGACACUGAGCAGGAAUGUUUAGUGAAAUUUUUGCAGUCCAGUGCCAGUGUUCAGAAUCAUGAAUUCCUUUUAGUUCACCAUUUGCAGCGUGCCAAUUAUGUGCCUGCCUUGAAGCUGAACCAAACUCUGAAGAUUAAUGUUAUGAAUGAUCGUGAUCCUCGUUUGCGGGAGAGAUCACUGGCUCGAAAUUCUAUAUUAGACCAGUAUGGAAAAAUCCUUCCUAGAGUCCAUCGAAAAUUAGCCAUUGAACGAGCUAAGCCUUAUCAUCUGUCAACAUCAUCAGUUUUUCGAUUAGUUUCUAGGCCCAAACCAUUAUCAGCAGUUCCAAAGCAAGUUGUAACAGGAACUGUGUUGACAAGAUCUGUUUUCAUCAACAAUGUGUUAUCUAAAAUUGGAGAAGUUUGGGCAAGCAAAGAACCUAUAAAUAGCAUCACACCUUCCGUUAGUUCUAAAAUAGAAGAAGCAUCUCCUAUAGUGUAUUCACUCCCAGCUCCAGGGCUGCCUGAGGCAUUUUUUGGAACACCAAUUUCAAAAGCGUCACAGAAAAUUUCUAGACUGCUGGAUUUGGUUGUUCAGCCUGUCCCCCAGCCUUCUCAGUGUUCAGAGUUUAUUCAGCAAAGCUCCAUGAGAUCUCCUUUGUACCUCGUAUCCCGUUCACUGCCUUCAAGUUCGCAAUUAAAAGGAUCACCUCAGACCAUCUCCAGAGUUUCAGAAUUACAUUUGCUUGAAACUCCUCUUGUUGUUAAAAAAGCUAAAAGUUUGGCCAUGUCAGUUACUUCUUCUGGAUUUUCUGAGUUCACUCCUCAGUCCAUCCUGAGAUCUGCUCUUCGAUCAACACCUUUAGUAUCUCCCUCUCCAUCACCUGGAAGGUCUCCUCAACGACUUAAAGAAACUAGAAUUUCAUUUGUGGAGGAAGACGUGAACCCAAAAUGGAUUCCUGGAGCUGCAGAUGAUAGCAAAGCAGAAACCGAAUGGCUGAAGAGCAAAGAUAGGGUGACACCUUUUAUCCUCAGCAGCCCUGAAAGGGACCAUCAAGAAAUGAAUGUGGGGUCACAAAGGUUAGAGAAACUGGAUAUGAGCAAAGAAAACAGCAGCGUGGAGACUACCUUAGAGUAUCAGGAUGCACCAUCACCAGAAGACCUUGAACAUACUGUUUUCAUGGGCUCUAAGCCAAAAAGCUGUUCCACUGAACCUAAGGUAACUGAACAAAUUGAAAAGGCUGGAGAUAAAGAUGUACUUGAGUCAAAAGUAACUCCUUCAGACCUGGAGAAACAAAUGGGCAAUUUGGAAGGUACGGAAACAAAAGAUCUCUUAGUUGCAGAGGAGGCAUUUUCAGAAUUGAAUCACUUAAGCCCCAUUCAAAGUUCUGUACCGUCAAUCCAUGAAGGGAAAAUCUUCACCAAGAAGUCCAAGGCACCAAUGUUGGACGAAGGAUUAACAUCUGUUGAAACCUGUACCUCUGCAAUUAGAGCAAUCGACGAUAAAUCUGUGGCUGAUGUCCUUGGUGAUAGUGGCAACUCUGAAGGUCCUGUUAUCUCUGAGCCUAGGCUUAACCAGGAAGUAGCGUUGAACUUAAAAGCAGAUCGUGAAGUAGAAGUUGAUGGACUAGAAGAAUGUGUUGACUUCCCAGAAGAAAAGCUUCCAAUUUCUGACAGCCCUCCUGAUACUCAAGAAGUUCAUGUGAUUGAACAAGAAAAGCUUGAAGCUCAAGAUUCAGGAGAAGAGGCUAGGAAUCUUUCAUUUAAUGAGUUAUAUCCCUCUGGAACACUUAAGCUUCAUUAUAAUUUUGAUACUAUUGACCAGCAGUUUUGUGACUUAGCUGAUAAUAAAGACACUGCUGAGUGUGACAUUGCCGAAGUAGAUGGGGAACUUUUUGUGGCUCAGAGCAACUUUACCUUGAUAUUGGAAGGUGAAGAAGGAGAAGUUGAGCCAGGUGAUUUUGCAUCACCCGUUGUGUUACCUAAAGCAGCUAACACCACACCUGAGGAAAAACCUGUAUACAGUGGGGAAAAUGAUAAUCAUGGACAAGUUGCAGAUUUGCCAUCUGUCAUGACUAGUGACCAAAAGACCCAAAAAGUAGAGACUUUACCAUAUGUGCCUGAACCAAUUAAAGUAGCAAUUGCAGAAAAUUUACUAGAUGUAAUUAAAGACACAAGAAGUAAAGAAAUGACUUCAGAUACGGUGGAGCAGUCCAGUCAUGAAACGAUACCUUUAGUAAGCCAGAAGGUAAUGUGUCCCACUAAGGUCAUCAAAUCUGCAUUUAAGACUGCUCAGGAAACAAGCACAAUGACUAUAAAUGUCAGCCAGGUUGAUGACAUGGUUUCCUCCAAAACUCGAACGAGAGGACAGCGGAUCCGAAACACAAAUAUCCAGUCAGCACAACAGGAAGCAUCAGCAGGCGUUGCUCCUCCUAAGAGGUCAGGGCAGUCAGUUAGGAAGAAAACUAGGAAGGCAGAAGAAAUUUCUGAAGCUUCUGAAAACACCUAUUCUGAUGUUAAAGAAAUAUCUCAGAACCAGCAAAUACCUCAACAUUCUGUUACUCCGAGGAGAGGAAGGAGAAAGAAAGAAGUUAAUCAAGACAUACUAGAAAAUACCAGUUCUGUGGAACAAGAAUUACAGAUUGCUACAGGUAGGGAAUCAAAAAUAUUAAAACCAUCUCAGCUCUUGGAACCAGCAGUUGAGGAAAUGUUUAAAAAAGAAGUUAAGCUUUCAUCGAUUACAAAAAGGACUCCUAGAAGAAUUAAAAGAUCUUUAGAAAAUGAGGAAAGUGUUGAAAUUAUAAAUGAUCUGAAAGUUAGUAAAGUAGCAACUCCUAGCAGAACUAUCAGAAAAUUGAGAAGUGCUAAUUUAGAUGCUUCUGAAAAUACAGGAAAUAAGCAAGAUGAGAAAUCCAGUGGUGAGCAGCUGCCUAUUCAUUGUGUUAGAAGGGUCAGAAGGAGAGAGGUUAAACCAUCAGAUGUGAGAGAAGACUCCAGCCUUGACUCAUCUCAGUUGACUCUGCAAGCAGAAUUUGAUAUGUCUGCCAUACCUAGGAAACGUGGUAGACAAAGAAAAAUAAAUCCAUCUGAAGAUGUAGGAGCUAAGGCUGUAAAGGAAGAGAGAAGUCCCAAGAAGAGAGAAGCUCCCGGCAUUAAAAGGCGAUCUACAAGAAAUACCCCAGCUAAAAAUGAAAAUACUGAUAUUGGAAAACCAGCUUUAGGAAAAUCCAUUUUAGUGCCAAAUGAGGAACUUUCAAUGGUGAUGAGCUCUAAGAAGAAGCUUACAAAAAGGACUGAAAAUCAAAGCCAAAAGCGUUCAUUACACUCAGUAUCAGAAGAACGCAUCGAUGAAAUGACACACAAAGAAACAGAGGACCGAGAAGAAAGAUUGCUUGCCACAGCUGCCUCUACCAAAUCCUCCCGCAGCACCAGGACUAGAGCCAGCAAGGCCAUCUUGUUGCCUGAACCAAAAAGUGAGCCUUUAUUUUCUCCAGUGUCAGAAGUUCCAAGGAAAGCAAAAGCUAAAAAAAUAGAGGUUCCUGCACAGCUAAAAGAAUUAGUUUCGGAUUUAUCUUCUCCUUUUGUUAUCUCACCUCCUGCUUUAAGGAGCAGACAAAAAAACACUUCCAGUAAGAAAAAGCUUGAAGAUGAACUGGAAGAUGAUGCACAAUCAGUAGAAACUGUGGGAAAGCCAAAAGCCAGACGAAUCAAGACUUCAAAAACAAAACAAGCAAGCAAAAACACAGAAAAAGAAAGUGCUUGGUCACCUCCUCCCGUAGAAAUUAAGCUGAUUUCUCCCUUGGCAAGCCCAGUCGAUGGGGUCAAAAGCAAACCAAGAAAAGCUGCGGAAGUGACGGGGAAAGGUCUUGGGAGGAACAGAAAGAAACUGUCUUCCUUUCCAAAGCAGAUUUUACGCAGAAAAAUGCUGUAAUUUCUUGGCAAGUUUUUAAUGUACACCUAUUUGUAAAGUCAUCAGGAUAUUGUGGAUUACUAAAUAUCUAGUUUGGAAGAAAAUAAUUUAUAUAAAUUAUUGUAAAUUUUUAUGUAAACAUAAGGUCUUCAAUAAGUAAAGUAACUCCAUAUGGAGUGAUUGUUUUAGUACAGGCAAUUUUUCUAUUUUAUAUUAAGACUUCAUACAUUUAUAUAGUAUGUAAAUAUGGAUUAUUGGAAUGUUAAAUAAAGUAUAUACUUCACAGUAGUUUGUGUCUUAUUAGAUUUUUGAAAGGGAGGGGCAUCUGUUUCAAUAAUUUUAUAUGCUCAUUGGUCUCAUUUUCUCUGUAAUUAAAAUAUUAGACCAGUCUUAAAAUGGGGAUGAUCGAACUAUUGAAACUUCUUUUUACAGUUACUAUUUUAUAAUUUAUGCACUUUGAUUCUGUGAUUAAGAUUUCUAAUCAUAAAAUGUAUUUUAUUGUUUUGGGCUGUUACUGUGUUAAAAUUGAACUAUGGGCAUGUAAUUUUGCCAUCAAAGUUUCACAAAUUUUGCGUAACCUACCUCAAAUGGAUAAUCCAAGUAAUGCAUUGGUUACCUAUACCGGUGGCAUCUUAUUUCAGCAAGCUUAAAGGCUCUUUAUCUUUAAAGUCUUAAUUAUUCAAAGACUAAUCCAGGUUAGAUUGACCGGUUCACUGCUCACUUGCACCUUAUCAAAGGAUUUGACAAAGGAAAAUGUAAAAUAAAUCUAUGGAUAUUCAGUGCAUCUUGUGUGUGCCUAAUAUUGAUAGGAUGAAACGUCUGAACAAAUUUUUAUAAUAUUGCUGUGAAGGAGCUUGUUACUGAACCACAGAAAUCCCUUAAUAUUCAGGUUUUAGAACGGGCAAAUUCUUAGCGACCUCAGGCACAGAUUAUUGAGGUUGGGGAGAGUGUGAGUAGAUGCAGAAAAGGAAAAGCAAAAAACAAACACCCUGUUCUCUGCAGUACACCUGUGCAGUUAAGUAAUGACACUCGAUGUAGGCUCUAAAAUUCAUCAAUAAAUAAGUGUGGUAAGAUAAUUUGUAACAGGUAAUUGAUAGUGUGUAAUGAACGGUCUAUUAAUAAUUGAUCAUCUAGAAAUGAACUGCUUUUGUUGGCUAAGCUUUUAAUGUUUUAAUGUGAAGCAUAAGCAGUGUGCUUUCUGCAUUAUUUUCUACCAAAUCACAAUAUGGAUAAUGAGAAAUGGAUGAAAAUGCCUACGCCAAGUACUGACAGUGUGAAAGUCGCCGUGCGAGUGCGGCCUUUUAGUCAGGCUAGUGGUGGGUGUUACACUGCCUCGUCGAGAAAUUUACUGACUUUAUUACUUCUUUAGUGACAGUUAUCAAACCUGUAUUUAAGCUGCUUGUCAUUUAUGGAAUAUUGAACUUACUUAAAUGAACUUGUUAAAUGAAUAAAGAUCUAAACAAUUCAGUAAAUAAUUUCAUUCCUUUUGUGCAAGUAGCACAAUGAAAAAAUGGGCGAAAUGUAUGUCAAGUAAUAGUUUUUUAAACCAAUGCAAUUUGGUGAAUAUAGUUGUGUGGUACCUGUUUUUAAUGGAUGUACUUUUUUCCCCUCUGUGAAUGUACAUCAUAAGCAAAAAAAUUGCCUGUUCUAAAUGAACUUUAUAUAUUUAAAUGAAUGUAUGUACUUAUGUAUAAAUGUCUUUAUAUAGCUUGAAUAAAAACACUGCUCCUUAAAA